AUGAAGCAGAAGGGUUGUAGAGAGAGAGGUGUUGUAGUAGGGAAGAAAGUAAUGGUAGCAGUUAGGGCUUCAAAGGAAAUCCCAAAAGCAGCUCUUCUAUGGACUUUAACUCACGUUGUUCAACCUGGAGAUCGAAUUAGGCUUCUUGUUGUUGUUCCUUCAAAUUAUACAAGUAAAAAGAUUUGGGGGUUUUCGAGAUUUACCACCGACUGCGCCUCUGGUUAUGGAAGAUUUCUUGCUGGAACGAAUUCGGAUCGGAAAGAUGAUAUUCAUGAGUCUUGUUCUCAGAUGAUGUUCCAGUUACACAAUGUUUAUGAUGCAGAGAAGAUAAAUGUUAGAAUCAAAAUUGUUUUUGCUUCACCUGAUGGAGUUAUUGCUGCUGAAGCCAAGAAAUCCAACUCAAACUGGGUGAUUUUAGACAGGGGACUGAAGUAUGAGAAGAAAUGCUGUAUUGAGCAAUUGGAGUGCAAUCUUGUGGUGAUCAAGAAGUCACAGCCUAAGGUUAUUCGUCUCAAUUUGGUGAAAAACGCAGAUACAGAGCAUCCAGAAGCUAUUUCGAGGCUAACCUUAAAGUCUGUCGUGUCCCGGAGAGGCUCAAGACCCGGGAAAAAGCUGAGGGAACCGUUUGUAACUCCGUCUAGCAGUCCAGACCAAGAAGGUUCUUCACAGACCACAACUGAUAUGGGGACUUCGUCUAUAUCUAGCUCUGAUGCAGGAGCUUCACCGUUUCUAGCCUCUCGAGUCUUUGAAGGCCUCAAGAAAGAUAACUCGUGGGUCAGUGAUGGAAACAAGAGUUUCUUCGAAUCUGACUCUGACUCUGACAUCGAAAAGUGGAGUCCUUUGUCAAUGGCCUCCUCAUCUUCUCACCCUGUGACAGCAUCUGAUAUCCUGAGUCCUAGUGUGGAUUCAUCGAAAGCUCAAACCGAGACUCCGAGAAAAUCAAGAUUCUCGGUUCUAAGGCUCGGUUCAACGAAGAAAGAACCUGACGCGGGGAAGGAGAUCCGUAGAUCCGAUACGUGCUUAAACAAAAGCGUGAGGGAAGUGGUUUCUUUAUCAAGAAAGCCAGCUCCUGGACCUCCUCCACUAUGUUCUAUAUGUCAACACAAGGCACCUAAAUUCGGAAACCCUCCAAGAUGGUUCACAUUUGGCGAGUUGGAGACAGCAACAAAGGGGUUUUCUAAAAAUAGUUUCUUGGCUGAAGGUGGGUUUGGUUCGGUUCACAGAGGAACUUUACCAGAUGGUCAAAUCAUUGCAGUCAAGCAAUAUAAGAUUGCUAGUACACAAGGUGACAGAGAGUUCUGCUCUGAAGUUGAGGUCUUGAGCUGUGCACAGCAUCGGAAUGUUGUGAUGCUCAUUGGACUAUGCGUGGAAGAUGGCAAAAGACUGCUCGUUUAUGAGUAUAUCUGCAAUGGAUCCUUGCACACUCAUCUUUAUGGUUUGGGGAAAGAGCCGUUAGGAUGGUCAGCGCGGCAAAAGAUUGCCGUUGGAGCAGCUCGUGGGUUGAGAUACCUUCACGAAGAAUGCAGAGUUGGUUGCAUCGUUCAUAGAGAUAUGCGUCCUAACAAUAUUCUCCUUACUCAUGAUUUUGAGCCUUUGGUUGGAGAUUUCGGACUAGCGAGAUGGCAACCAGAAGGAGACAAAGGAGUAGAAACCAGAGUGAUUGGAACUUUCGGACCGUUGUUGCAGAAACAAGCCAUUAAGGAGCUUCUUGAUCCGCGUCUAAUGAAUUGUUACUCUGAGCAAGAAGUUUACUGUAUGGCGCUAUGUGCUUGCCUCUGCAUUCGCCGUGACCCUAACUCGAGGCCACGAAUGUCUCAGGUGUUGCGGAUGUUGGAAGGAGAUGUUGUCAUGAAUCCAAUUUAG